UCUGUCCCCAGGGGGCCUCGUGUGACCUCCCUGCGACUUUACAGGGAUCGAGGAGGAUGGUGGCAGCGGCCAGACUCGCCCUCCUGCUGCUGGGCUGCAUGGGGCUCCUGCAGCCAGCAGCUGGCAGGUACAUAAACUACUGCCCUGACGGCUGGUCCUACUACAAGCUCAACUGCUUCAAGUACUUCUCUGAUGUCCAGACCUGGGAUGAGGCUGAGAGGCAGUGCCAGGCCGUCCAGGACGGUGCCCACCUGGCCUGGGUGGAGGACCAGCGCGAGGCCACCACCCUGCAGAAGUCCAUCUCCUACUACCAGCGCGUGCAGCCUGUCUGGCUCGGGCUCCACUACAGUGAAGAGAGCCAGGCCUGGAAGUGGGCAGGUGGGGACACGUACAGCGUUGCCAGUGGGCUGUCUGGGAACGGUGCCCGAGGGGGGAAAUGCGGCGUGUUGACCCACCAGAGCAGCUUCAGUCAGUGGUCCAGUACCAACUGCACCCAGAAGCAUCACUACAUCUGCAAGUUCACCCCCUUGCACUGAGCACAGUCCCUGGCCCGUGGGGGACCCCAUGCCAGCGGUGUUCCUCCCGUGCCACCUCUGCUCCUCUCCGCACAAUUCCUAAAAAUACAUCUAUAAAAAAAAGA